UUUAUUCAAACCUCUUCUUCAUUCAUUCAUCAGUACUCAAACCCCUUUCUUCAUUCAACAGCAGCCCUUCAUUUUCAAUCAACAAAACCUCGAAAAUUGGUUCACAUUUUGAGCAAGUUUCAGAGCUUUUAGUGUAACUCGUAAUCUUUCCACUGAAUGCAAUCGUCUAAAAUCCCACAAAAAACCCUUCUUUCUGGGUGAUUUUAAGUGUCUGAUAGUUCCAUUUUCGACAUCAUGUCUGCUGCUUUAAUAUGGGUUGUUUCCCCUAAUUCUGAUGUCUGUAAUGGAUUGAGUUUUUUGGAAACAACAAGGGUAUUAGAUUCAUCAAGAUUGUUUGCAAAAGAAAAGGGGGUUUUGAGGUCUGAUAGAAGAAGAAUGAAGAAUGUCAAGUGUUAUUCUUGUUUCCAUGAAUUGGGGUUUUUGGGUUCGAAUAAAAAUGGGAGAAGAUCGGACGUCGUUUCGAGGAGGGUGGUGGCUAACCCAUCUGGUGGAUUGGCUGUUUCAUCUGAACAAUUGGUUUACGAUGUCGUUCUGAAGCAAGCAGCUUUGGUUAAAGAACAAAUGAGAUCUAGGGAAGAAGAUAUGGAGGUGAAACCAGAUAUUGUUCUUCCUGGAACACUUGGCUUAUUGAAUGAAGCUUAUGAUAGAUGUGGUGAAGUUUGUGCUGAAUAUGCCAAGACCUUUUACUUAGGAACAUUGUUGAUGACACCCGAAAGGCGAAAAGCGAUAUGGGCAAUUUACGUAUGGUGUAGGAGAACCGAUGAACUCGUUGACGGGCCUAAUGCAUCACAUAUAACUCCAAAAGCUUUAGAUCGAUGGGAGUCGAGAUUAGAAGAUCUUUACAAGGGGCGCCCUUUUGAUAUGCUCGAUGCUGCUUUAUCCGAUACCGUUUCCAAGUUUCCUGUCGACAUUCAGCCUUUUAAGGAUAUGAUCGAUGGAAUGAGGAUGGACCUCAAAAAGUCAAGAUACGAGAACUUUGAUGAGCUUUAUUUGUAUUGUUAUUACGUAGCAGGCACGGUUGGAUUGAUGAGUGUUCCGAUAAUGGGGAUUGCCCAUGAAUCUCAGGCACCAACAGAGAGUGUUUAUAAUGCCGCUUUAGCUUUAGGGAUCGCUAAUCAACUCACCAACAUCCUCCGAGAUGUAGGAGAAGAUGCAAGAAGAGGAAGAGUUUACCUGCCACAAGAUGAAUUAGCCCAAGCCGGAUUGUCGGAUGACGACAUAUUUGCAAUGAAAGUAACGAAUAAAUGGAGGGUUUUCAUGAAAAAGCAAAUAAAACGUGCAAGAACGUUUUUUGACCAAGCGGAAGAAGGCGUUACACAGCUGAGUUCAGCUAGCAGAUGGCCGGUUUGGGCAUCGUUGUUGUUGUAUCGGCAAAUACUGGAUGAGAUCGAAGCUAACGACUAUAAUAACUUCACGAGAAGAGCGUAUGUGAGCAAACCGAAGAAGAUAGUUGCUUUGCCUGUGGCUUAUGCAAAAUCUCUUGUUUCCCCAUCAUCAAGAAAGUUGGAAGUCACCACAGGGUAAAACUGCAAUUUAUUCUUUAUAUAUAUAGUUGUAGAAAAUGAGAAUGGUCAAUAUGUGUAUAUCACAACAUGUUGUAAUGCAUCACAAAUUUUAAUCAGAUAUAGAAUAGCAAUAUUUGUUCCAGCCGAAACGGAU